AUGUCUGGCCAUCGUGGACGAUCUCGCUCACCCUCUAGCUUCCGUGAUCGUCGAGACACUCGAAACGGACGAUAUGACGAUCGUGGACGACGCAGUGACUAUGAUCGGGAUAAACGUCGUAGCGACGAUAGGCACAAUAGAUCCCGACACGAUGACGACCGUGACCAUGUGAAAAGAUCAAAAGACAGCGAGCAACAACAGAAUUCUGAAGAACAAAAAGAACAAGAACAACCUAAAAAACGUGUGCCAGUCUCCAUUGAAGAAUUAAUUAAACGAAAAGAAGAAGAAAAGAAUGCUACCAACAAGCCCAAGUUUCUGACCAAAGAAGAGCGUGCAAAGUUGGCACUAGAAAAACGUCAAAAAGAAGUUGAAGAACAACGAAAGCGACAAGACGAGGAACGACGAGCGAGACAACAGUUUGACAUUAAAGCGGAGGACGAGCACCGUAAGGUUAUGCACGAUCGUCAUUCAUCGUCGUAUGCAGAUCGGCGACGCGAGCGAGAAAUGUCAUCAGAUGAUAUGGAUUCCGAAACCGGCUUGAACGAAAAGGAAAAGCAGGCGAUUCGUGAACGAUACUUUGGUGGCGAGCGCAAAAAGCGAAAGAUCCGACGCAUGAACGAACGUAAAUUUGUAUUCGAUUGGGAUGCUGGUGAAGAUACGUCGUAUGAUUUCAAUCCACUCUAUGCACAGCGUCACAGUGCACAAAUGUUUGGUCGCGGUCAUAUUGCUGGUGUAGAUAUCAAGGAACAAAAGAAGCAACGAUCCGAGUUUUAUAACCAGUUGCUGCAAAACAGACAGACUGAGGAGGAACAUCGUCGUACAAGGGAAUUGAUGGAGAUGGAUAAGAAGAAGGAAGCCAAGAUGAUGUGGGAUGAUCGUCAUUGGUCUGAUAAACCGCUCGAGCAAAUGCAAGAAAGAGACUGGCGUAUCUUUAAGGAAGAUUUCAACAUCUCGACAAAGGGUGGCAACAUUCCUCGACCUAUCCGCUCCUGGUCAGAGUCCAACUUGCCACAGAAGGUUCUCGGUGUUAUUGAAGGUGUUGGCUAUACUGAACCUACACCUAUUCAGCGACAAACUAUCCCUAUUGGUAUCCAGAACCGAGAUAUUAUCGGCAUUGCUGAAACAGGUUCCGGUAAAACCGCAUCGUUUGUCAUUCCAUUGUUGGUGUUUAUUUCGGACUUGCCUAAGCUUAACUCGGAGAACAUGUCCGAUGGUCCUUAUGCUUUGAUCAUGGCGCCUACGCGUGAAUUGGCCCAGCAAAUCGAACAAGAAACUUUAAAGUUUGCCACACCUAUGGGCUUUAACUGUGUAUCCAUUGUCGGUGGUCAUUCUAUUGAAGAACAAUCAUUCAAUCUACGUAACGGUGCUGAAAUUAUUAUUGCCACACCUGGUCGACUCAAGGAUUGUUUGGACCGACGAAUUUUGGUUUUAAAUCAGUGCACAUAUGUCGUUAUGGAUGAAGCCGAUCGCAUGAUUGACAUGGGUUUCGAACCCGAUGUUAACUUUAUCCUUGACGCUUUGCCGGUAUCCAAUUUGAAGCCGGAGGAUGAAGACGAAAGUGGUAGAGCCAUGGAGGUAGAAGGCCGCAAAUAUCGACAAACAACCAUGUUUUCAGCCACCAUGCCUCCUGCUGUUGAACGGUUGGCAAAGAAAUACUUGAGGCGUCCAGCCGUGGUCACUAUUGGUACUGCAGGCCAGGCUGUCGAAACUGUCGAACAGCGUGUUGAAAUGAUCAAUGAUGAAAACAAGAAAAAGAACCGAUUGCUCGAACUUCUCGAUGCUGGUACUUACGAACCACCUAUUAUUAUCUUUGUCAACCAAAAGAAGGGUGUGGACGUGCUCGCCAAAGCACUUAACAAGCUCGGUUACCACGCUGUUACUCUCCAUGGUGGCAAAUCACAAGAACAGAGAGAGGCUGCAUUGUCCCAGCUUAAGACUGGCAAUGCCGAUGUUUUGGUAGCAACAGAUGUUGCUGGUCGUGGUAUUGACGUGAAGAACGUAUCUCUAGUCAUCAACUAUGAUAUGGCCAAGAAUAUAGAAGAUUAUACCCAUCGUAUCGGUCGUACGGGUCGUGCUGGCAAGUCUGGUGUGGCAAUCACUUUCCUUUCCAACAACGAUGCAGAAGUGAUGUACGAUCUUCGACAGAUGCUUGCCAAAUCCCCCUUAUCUAAAGUUCCCAGUGAGCUGGCUCAUCAUGAAGCUGCUCAAACGAAACCUGGUAUUGUCAAGGCAAAGAAGAAGCACGAGGAGACAAUUUUUCAAUAG